GAGAUUAUUUUAAUCCACUCGGUUCGUUCCAAAUCCCACACAAGCAGCGGGAAUUCUCACGAAACACAAUUUUAGAAAAGAAGGCGAUGAAGAAGAGAACGAUGAGCAGGAAGAAGAUGGUGACAGCCAUGGAAAAGUCGAACGGAGAGUUGGAGGUGAAGGAUGGUUUCGGCUAUCCAUCAGUCUCUAUCUGGACCAACCAUUGCCAACUCGGACCUCGCACUGAGGACUACUUAACUUUUGGGGUCACAAAAUUAUGGUGUGUUAGUGUGUAUUGAUUGAAUCCGAAUCUAUGCGCUCAUCAAUAAUUGGAACCUUUCUCCAUCUACCUUCACAUCUCUACUAUAAACAAUAAUUGAAAUUAUUCUCUCUGCGCACCUAUUUUUCCCAUUUCUACUAAUCUUCUCUGCCCUUUUCAUAAACAAUGGCUGAAAUCGUUGUUUCUGCCUUCUUCUCAGUGGCUUUUGAAAAGCUUGCCUCUGAAGCCUUGAAGAAGAUCGCUCGCUCCAAGGGAGUUGAUUAUGAGCUCAAGAAAUUGAAGAGGUCAUUAGACCAGAUCCAAGAUCUGCUUAAUGAUGCUGCCCAAAAGGAAAUAGCUGACAAAGCUGUUAAAAGAUGGCUGAAUGGUCUCCAACAUCUGGCUUACGACAUAGACGACCUACUUGAUGAUUUGUCAACAGAAGCUAUGCGUCGUGAGUUAACCGAGGAACCUGGAGCCACCACCAGCAUGGUAAGAACGCUAAUCCCAGCUUGUUGCACAAAUUUCUCACUAAGUACUAAGAUUCAUAGCAAAUUAGAUGCUAUUACCACCGAGUUACAAAAGCUGGUAGAGGAAAGGGAAAAUCUUGGUUUAAGUGUGAAAGAUGAAAGCCCAAAACAUAUGAAUAGAAGAUUAGAGACCUCUUUGGUAGAUGCAUCUAGGAUUAUUGGACGCGAAGGUGAAAAGGAUGCGUUGCUCCACAAGCUACUGGGGGAUGAAGCAUGUGAUAAAAACUUUAGCAUCGUGCCCAUAGUUGGUAUGGGUGGAGUGGGUAAGACCACUCUAGCUAGACUUUUGUACGAUGAAAUGCAAGGGAAGGCUCACUUCGAACUCAAGGCGUGGGUUUGUGUUUCCGAUGAAUUUGAUAUCUUCACUAUAAGCAAAGUUAUCUUUCAAUCGGUAGGUGGGGGAAACGAAGAAUUUAAGGACUUAAACCUUCUUCAAGUGGCUUUAAGAGAGAAGAUCUCGAAGAAACGGUUUCUUCUUGUUCUUGAUGAUGUGUGGAGUGAAAGCUAUACCGAUUGGGAAAUUCUAGAACGCCCGUUUCUUGCAGGGGCACCUGGAAGUAAGAUUAUCAUCACCACCAGGAAGCUAUCGUUGCUAACCCAACUGGGUUGCAGUCAACCUUACAGUCUGUCAGUUUUGUCACAUGAGAAUGCUGUAUCUUUAUUUUGUCAACAUGCAUUCGGUGAAAAUAACUUUGAUUCACAUCCAACACUCAAACCACAUGGUGAAGGUAUUGUUGAAAAAUGUGAUGGCUUGCCAUUGGCUUUGAUAGCACUUGGGAGGCUAUUGAGGACAAAAUCAGACGAGGAAGAAUGGAAGGAACAUUUAAAUAGUGAGAUAUGGAGCUUAGGAAAGAGAGAUGAAAUUACUCCAGCUCUUAGGCUAAGCUACCAUGAUCUUUCUGCUGAUUUGAAGCUGUUGUUCGCAUAUUGUUCCUUGUUCCCUAAGGACUACAUGUUUGACAUGGAGGAGUUGAUUCUAUUAUGGAUGGCGGAAGGGUUUUUGCAUCAAUCAAGUACAGGGAAAUCAAUGGAACGUAUGGGCGUUGAAUGUUUUGAAGACUUGUUGUCAAGGUCAUUUUUCCAACAUGCGCCUAAUGAUGAAUCUUUCUUUGUGAUGCAUGACCUGAUGAAUGACUUAGCCAUGUCUGUUGCUGGAGAAUUUUUUUCAAGGUUAGACAUUGAAACGAAGAAGGAAGUUGGGAAGGAAGAUUCGCGUAAGUACCGCCACAUGUCAUUUGUUUGUGAGACAUAUAUGGUUUACACAAAGUUCAAGGCAUUCAAAGGAGCUAAUAGUUUGAGAACAUUCCUAGCAGUAUCUUCUGAGCGAAACAGUUGGAAUAGAUUCUUCUUAUCAAAUACAAUUCUGACAGACUUACUUUCUGAGUUACCAUUAUUAAGGGUCUUAAGUUUGAGUCGACUUAGCAUAAGUGAGGUACCGGAAUUCAUUGGUAGUCUGAAGCACUUGCGGUAUCUUAAUUUAUCUCAAACAGAUAUCACAUGUUUAGCGGAUAAUAUUUGCAACCUCUCUAAUUUACAGACAUUGAUUGUUUUUGGGUGUCCUAGUUUAAAAGAGUUGCCCAAGAGCUUCAAAAAGCUUAAAAAUUUGCGUCAUUUUGACAUGAGAGAUACUCCACUUUUGAAGAAGACGCCCUUAGGGAUUGGUGAGUUGAAAAGCCUACGAACUCUGUCUAAGAUCAUUAUUGAAGGAGACAACGGCUUUUCAAUAACCGAGCUUAAAGAUCUAAAGGAUCUCCAAGGUAAAAUUUCCUUUCAGGGGCUUGACAAAGUGCGAAACCCAAUGCACGCACAAGAAGUGAACUUAUCCCACAGGAGGCUAAGUGAGUUAGAGGUGGAAUGGAGUGAUGAAUUUGAUGAUUCUCGAAAGGAAACAGUUGAACUGGAGGUCCUGAAUAUGCUGAAGCCUCAUAAUGACAUUCUGAAAAAGCUUGGAAUUGUGUCGUAUGGAGGUACAGAGUUUCCGAAUUGGGUUGGGGAUCCAUCAUUUCAUCAGUUGGCUAAAGUGACAUUAAAUGGUUGUAAAAAGUGUACGUCUCUACCUCUACUUGGGCAGCUACCGUUCCUUAAGGAGUUGGUUAUCAGAGGCAUGGAUGAGGUGAAAGUUGUGGGCUCAGAGUUUCUUGGUACUGGUCUUGCAUUCCCAAAACUUGAAACUCUAAGUUUCCAAGGCAUGAAAGGGUGGGAGGUAUGGUCAACCAAUUAUAGUGGAGUUGUUGAUACAUCAUUUCCAUGCCUUCAAGAGCUUCAUAUUAGAAGUUGUCCUAAUUUGGUUAAAGUCUCUGUUGAAGCACUAUCUUCACUCAGGUCUCUGAAAAUAAGUGGUUGUAGCCAUCGAGUGUUAGAUAGUCUAGUUCAUGUAGCUUCAUCAGUCAGCAGGUUGCAGAUAAGUUUUAUUUCAGGACUUAAUGAUCAGGUGUGGGGAGGUGUUAUUGAGUAUCUUGGGGCAGUUGAAGAAAUAUAUAUUGCAAGCUGUAAUGAAAUAAGAUACUUGUGGGAAUCAGAAGCCGAGGCAAGUAAGGUUCUUGUGAAUUUAAGGAAGUUGGAUGUAGGUGGUUGUUCAAAUUUGGUGAGUUUAGGAGAGAAAGAGGAGGAUAAUUCUGGGAGCAACCUAACAUCUCUUACGAGCUUGACCUUAUUCGGUUGUGACAGCUUGGAGCAUUGCAGCUGUCCAAAUAGUGUCAAGUCACUUUCCAUUUGGAAUUGUAAUAAAUUACAGGAAAAAGAGUUGGUAGGAGGACGAGAGAAGCCUGUGAUCAACACAAACUUACGGAUGCUUGAAUCUAUAUACAUAACUGAGUGGUCAAAUCUGAAAUCGAUCACCGAAUUGACUUCCUUCAAUCACCUCAGGAAUCUCGUAAUUGAAAAUUGUCCAAAUAUGGAGUCAUUUCCUGACCACGAGUUGCCGAAACUCAAUGUAUUAACAUAUCUUACGAUAGCAAAUUGUCAAAGUAUGGAUGCUUCCUUUUCUGGUGGGCUAUGGCCUCCAAAGUUGCAUCACCUUGUCAUAGGGAGGUUGAAGAAACCCAUUUCAAAGUGGGGCCCACAGACUUUUCCAACCUCACUUGUGGACCUAAUUUUAAUUGGUGGACGGUCGGAAGAUGCGAGUAAUUUGAGUCAGUUGUCCCAUCUUCUUCCUUCAUCUCUUACUUCACUUUGUAUAAAAGAAUUUGAGAAAGUGGAAUCAGUUUCAAUGGGACUCCGACACCUCACCUCCCUCCAGCAUCUCACUAUUAACAACUGCCCAAAGGCGAUGGAUCUACCAGAAAUGUUGCUGCCUUCACUCUUGAGUUUGAGAAUAUGGGAAUGCCCAAAUCUGAAAAAAACGAGUAGUAAAAGAGGCUCCUACCGGCCCCUCAUAUCACGUAUCCCCUGCAUUUACAUAUCCUGAGCAGUUACAAACUUAAUCUGAAGGCCACUUAAUUGAGAACUUGGAUUCGCUUCCCAAACAUGAUGAUACAAAAAAAAAGGAAUGAUUUGGAAUUGCUCUCUGUGGCAUCUCUGUCAAUUGCAGACUAGUGUGAGCAGAAAAAGACGUAUUCCUGAUUUCUGCAUAUCUUCUCCACAAGUAGACAAAUCAACUUAAUUUCAAGGGGUGAUCCAGAUGUUUUGGGUGAGUUGUAUAUGAAAUAUUAGAAACUCAUGUAUAUAUAUGUUUAAUUAAAGGGAAAAUAAUAAACAAAUAAAAGGGGAUUUAUUAUUUGUAUUGUAUUUAACAAGAUAGGAAGGAGAACUCAUUUUUAGUACCAUUUAUUUGCAAGAGCUUUUGGAAUAAAUUUUUCACUACCUUUUUCUUUUUA